ACACUUUUAGAACUGAUAAGGACCCUAUACGUGCUCAUUUGUUAUUGGCUAAUGCCUUCUCUUUCUUCCUCUUCCUUUUUGUCGAUGUUUUUUUUUUGUUUGAGAAAGAGAUCUUCGUCGAUUUUGAUCCAUGGUUUUGAGAAAUCAUCUCUUCACUUCACCAUGGCUGCUUCAGAUUCGUCUCUCCACCUUCAACCCCAAAUCCCUUCCUUUCUCCUUCUCCAGACCCGCCUCAGCUUCCCUCUUACCUCCUUCCAUCUCCUUCAAACUCCACUCUGAAUCCCCUUCCCUCUCCAUCUGCGCCGGAAACGUUGAGAUGGUUGAGGCGAUGUGCAGAGACAGCCGUCUCGUUCCUGGGGCUGCAGCUACUGAAAUAGAACUGGUUCAGAGAUUGAAGGAAUAUGUCAACGCAGAAACAGGGUUGGACAAAUAUGCCAUCUCCAAAUACGCAGAGAGCUUCAAGUUUCUUAUAUCGAUUAGUUUUAGGAUUUUGGUGUGUAAAUUGAUUACGAUCGGGAAUGACUCGUAUGUCCAAUUGGUUGUCUAAGCUUAUGAUUGUUGUGCCAUUGAAAAGAUCUUGAGAUUGUUGUGAUAAAAACUAUUUUCAUGUAUGGUUCUUCUAGACGAUGUAUGCUUAUAGUAUAUGGUUCUUUUUGAGAAGUUGGGUUUAGUUUGUUUGAGUAUAAUGCAAUGUCUUCUGUGUAGUUGGAACAAAUCAAGAUUUCGAGUAAUCGGUUUUUUCUCAUUUACGAUUUGUAUUUGUAUUUUUCAUAUGUUUUAUGUAAUUUUUAUUAAAAAUUUUAUGUAUGCUUUUAUUUUAAAUCAUUCUAAUUAAAA